AGAAUAGAUGAGACAUCAGCAGUGAAGGAGGAGGAGGAGGAGGGGGGAGAAGAGGAAGGUCGAGUGUCAAAUUUCCGAAAAAGCUUUCGAUGCUGGAGAAAUCCAUACAAGCGAGCCAGGAACUGGGAAUCCUCCGUACAAAGGCCCUUGGGGGGGGGGCUGACGGAAAGAAGGGGACAAUCAUGGGGGACGAGAGCAACGAAACGCACAUAACGCCAUCGCCUGCAUAGACCCGGAGGACCCCCCCCCCCUUCUUUCGCGUACACAAAGGGAGCACAUGUACCCUCACAAAGACGCAUCCAGCAGCUUAGCCUAGCAGGGCAGAGGAAGCGGCACCCGCUACCGGCGAAAAAAAAGGAAAAAUAACCUGCGAAAAGAAAUUCGCCGGCGCAUCCUGCGACCAAAAAAAAAACAAGAGACCCGCCGUCCGGAUAAAUCAAAGACAUGACCCUGGAGAGAGAAAAAGACGCAAGAGGCGACGGCGCAACGAGACCGCGACGGACGCGAGCAUGAGGACCGCCGGCCGUUAGCCUGAAAAAAGCGUGGGUUGGCCGGGGAACACGCGGAGGAUACGAUUAUGAUUGACACUGGCAGUUUCACCCCGCGCAGCACGCCCAGCAACUCCCCCGCUGUGCGGAGGCGUCUGGUGGGCAGCGAAUCGGAAAACAUGGUGGAGAAGGGCUCGGAAUGCUCCAACGAGAGGGGCUCCGGAACGCUCACCCCGACUUCCCCUCCUCCCGGCACCCUGCCCAUCAACCAGGGCAAUGCCCAGCUGCCCACCCAAACCAACUCCCAGCCCGGGACACCCCUCCCCCCGCAGUUCGGAGGACGGGGCUUUAUACGGAACAGCAAGAAGAUGCAGAGCUGGUACAGUAUGUUGAGCCCGACCUACAAGCAGCGAAAUGAAGACUUCCGCAAGAUCUUUAAGAAGCUGCCGGAUUCCGAGCGUCUGAUAGUGGAUUACUCGUGUGCGCUCCAGAAAGACAUCCUCCUCCAGGGAAGACUCUACUUGUCGGAGAAUUGGAUCUGUUUCUAUAGCAAUAUUUUCCGCUGGGAGACCACGAUCACUAUCCAGCUGAAGGACAUCCGAUGUAUAAAAAAGGAAAAGACGGCGAAACUGAUUCCCAACGCCAUCCAAGUUUGCACUGAGAAUGAAAAGCAUUUCUUCACGUCGUUCGGGGCCCGGGAUCGAUCCUUCCUGCUGAUAUUCCGCCUGUGGCAGAACGCACUUCUAGAUAAGACACUGUCCCCCCGAGAGCUGUGGAACAUCGUUCACCAAUGUUACGGUACGGAGCUGGGUCUGACCAGCGAAGAUGAGGACUACGUAUCUCAACGGGAGCUGCUGAACGGCCUUGGGGGAAGCGAGGAUUUUCCUGAAGGUCCUGAUCUGAGUGACACCUCCUCCAGGGGCGACAUCAAACUUGGCACCAGCCCUUCUUUGCUGGGCACUGGCUCCUUUACCUCUCUUGCCAGCAGUGAUAGUAUGCUAUUGCCAGCAGAGGAUUUGACCGGACAGUCAGACGCCUUGUCAGAUUCUCAGCUGGACGGUUCCUCAAGCCAGACGGUGACUCCCCUCUCGGAGAUGGCCGGGACGGGAUUGAUGGACUCCAUGCCUGCCUUGGACCGCAUGCCCAGCGAAGAUCUGCCCACCGACCUGAGCAACAACUCCAGCCCGAGCUCCACCCAGGAUGAGGAUGCCGUCGGAGUCUCUAAAGAUGCCAUUUCUUCGGACUUGCCCGGCAGGCUUCACAUCAACGCCGUGUACCACGUUAGCGCCGAUCGCCUGCAACAUGCGCUGGCCUCCGACACGAGAUUCAUGAGUGAAUUCAUGGAGCACAGGAAGUUCACAGAUUUCAUAGUGAACCCCUGGGAAAGGGACAGCAGCGGAAGACAAACCCGCGUUCUCAAUUAUACCAUUCCUAUUAAUAAUCCUCUGGGACCAAAAACCGCCCCCGCAGUGGAGACUCAGACUCUCUACAAUCUGAAGGGUUCGGUGUAUGUCCUAGACACCCAAGUCAUAACGCAGGGCAUCCCCUACCAGGAUUAUUUCUACACUGCUCACCGGUACUGCAUCUUCAGCGCGGCCAAGAAUAAAGCUCGUCUCAGGGUGUCCUCGGAGAUCUGUUACCGAAAACAGCCUUGGAGCCUGGUACGGGCGAUCAUCGAGAAGAACUCCUGGAGUGGGAUGGAGGAGCACUUUACUCUUCUAGCCGAUGCGGUCGUCAAGUUUGAACAGUCCUGCGUGGAGGAGUUGGGCGGAAGAGAAAAGCCAACCUUACGCCGCCGCAAGCGGACGCUGAGCUGGAAAAACCACCACAUUGACCCGCUGAGCGUUGCCCCUCCGCCGCUGGAGAGCGAGAGGGCGGCCCGCCACUCGAGAGCGUCAGGGAGCGUCUCCUCGCAGCUCUCCCACCUGACGGAUCGAGGAUCUGUACAAAACAUCCCCGGCAUGCUAUUCGUCAUCAGUAUUGUCCUAAUUGUCCUGUUGGCCUUGAAUCUAAUGCUCUUCUACCGCCUGUGGUCUCUGGAGCAGAACGCCCGGACAUUCCAGACUUGGCAGAGCUACGCCGUGUCCCAGGGGAGGUUCCCGCAGACGUCGGCGGAUUGGGCGGAAAUACUUGAGCUGCAGAAGCGUUUCCAUGAUGCCGAGGUGCAGAAAUGGAAGCAGACACUCCAGGCCUCCGUACAACUACUGGAUGAGAUGCGACUUUCCUUGCAAAGGUUGCAGCAGGGCGUCCUAGUGAAAGAUCCUGCCACAGACGCCCACAACGAAGAUGCUCUGUCUUGACCUCAAGCCGCCCGCUAGCAUUUCUCACGGGACAUUUGCGCGUUGCAAUGGAUAGCGUUGCGCUUUUUUUUCCCCCGAUGACGGUCGCGGAUCCCAUAGCAAUAUGACCAUGGAUAACUAACACCUCGUAGGGAGUAGAGUGCUGGAAACAGAAUCCCUUCAGGAAUACAAGUCAUCGCGUCAAGAAUCUGCUGAGCUACGGCGACACGCAACGAGCCGCAACGUGGGAGCGCCAAAACAGUGUUGAGAGCGCUUCGCUUUUUUUUUUCUCGACUAUUUAAAGGACGCUAAUUGAGUUUUAAAGGGAACUUUUGUCCGAACUUUUCUUUUGUUGUCGUUGUUCUGGUUUCGUAGAAGACGGAUGGGAAAAUCCUUUUCAUCCGCUACGACGCAAAGCGCCAACACAUGGCAUUGUUGCCUUCUCGGUGACUUUGGCUAUGAAGACUAUGGAGACUCGGAUCACUAUGGGCAGGUUUCCCAUAAUGCAUCUCUUUCAGAGACAUAAAAUAAGGUGGAAUCUUGUCUUUCCCGCCAUGGGAUCCCUCGGACAUACAUUUCAAUGAACUUCGGAAGCGCGAUUAUUUAACAUGACGACUUUUGGCGCCAAGUUUUUACUUUUUUUUUUUUGUAAUGAUCACUGAAGAUCGAAGAAAAAAAAAAGAAUACAAUGGAGGAUCGUUAUGGUCUGGCUUAGGGGGGUAGCCUGAUUUUAACAUCAAACCAGCACUGUAAUUCCUCCUCGCCAUUGUCGAACACAUUCCUGCUAGUGCAGCGAGCGUGACCCACCAUUUUUUUUUUU